GCCGCCUUCCUUCCCUCCCAAGUUGCAACGGCCAGAAAGCCACGUUAGCCUAGCCGAGCUCCUCUGCUCCUCUCGUGGCCGAACAGGCAGAGCGACCAGUCUCCAGAGCGCUCCCCAUGGCGUCAGGAGCUGCGGCCCCUGUCGUUCAGACCCUGGUGCUGAAGGUGGCCAUCCACUGCCAUGGCUGCAAGAAGAAGGUCCGGAAGGUGCUCAGGAGCGUCGAAGGCGUGCAGAACGUGACGGUGGACGCCUCGCAGAACAAGGUGACUGUGGUCGGCACCGUGGACGCCGACACGCUCAUCCAGAGGUUGUACAAGUCCGGCAAGAAGGGGGAGCCCUGGCAGUGCCACCCGCCCGUCAAGAAGAGCGAGCCCGCGCCGGAGGCCCCGCCGGCUGCGCAUCCUGCCGGUGGCGGCGGCAAGGACGCUGCUACUGCUGCGGCCGCGGUGGACAAGAAGCCGGAGGAGCCGAUGAAGAAGCCGCAGGGCGACAGCUCCGAGGAGAAGAAGAAGAAGCCGGAGGAGGCGGCGAAGGAGCCGCAGAGCGAGAAGAAGAAGCCGGAGGAGGCGGCGAAGGAGCCGCAGAGCGAGAAGAAGAAGCCGGAGGAGGUGGUGAAGGCGCCGCAGAGCGAGAAGGAGGAGCCGCAGAGCGAGAAGAAGAAGCCGGAUGAGGCGGCCGAGAGCUCCAAGGAGAAGGAGAAGAAACCAGAGGAGCCAGUGAAGGAGCCAAAGGCCGAGAGCUCCAAGGAGGAGAAGAAGAAGAAGCCGGAGGAGGCCGUGAAGGAGCCGCAGGGUGAGAGCUCCGAGGAGAAGAAGAAGAAGACGGAGCAGGAGGGCGGGGCCGCAGAGAAGAAGCCCGAAGCAGAGUCAAAGAAGAAGGACGGCGGUGACAGCAAGGGAGCUGAGACGAAGGCCAAGGGCUCAGCAGAGCCGGCAAAGGAAGCUGCCGCCGUCCCCGCCCCCGCUGCCGCCGCCGCUGUCAAUGACAAGGCCGAGGCAAAGAAGAGCGAGAAGCCCAAGGACGCCGGUAAGGCGGCGGAGCCAGCCGCCGUGACGACGGAGAGGUCGCUGCCUGCGCCGCCGGCGCCGGCGCCAAUGCCCGCGUACGAGCAGGAGUUCCGCCACCCCUACUACGCCCCGCAGCCGGUGAUGAGCUACCACGCGUCGCAGCCGAGCUCGAGCGUGUCGUACACGUACUUCGCGCCGCAGACGCAGCCGGCGUACUCCAUGCAACAGGCACAGCCGCACCCACAGGCGGCGGCCUCCUACUCCGUGCAGCCGACACCGCCGGCGUACUACUCCGCGCAGGAGCUGCAGCCGCAGCAGCCGGCGAAGCAGUGGUCGCCGUCGUACCUGUACAUGCCGUACCCGCACGCGCAGGCGGCGCCGGAGCCUUACUACCAGCAGCAGGACUACUACAGCCCGCCCGGGACGCACGCGUCGCCGAUGCACGACCCGUACCGCAUCUUCGACGACGAGAACCCCAACUCCUGCAGCGUCAUGUGAGAGGCGCGAGCUGGUUGGCGCGGCCCGGCCGCUGCCGGCCGCCGUGGGCAGCGAGUAGUUUGGGGGGGGGGGGGGGGGGGGGGGAGGCGGCGCCGCGCGCUACCGCAACAUCAGAGAGAGACGUCUCUGUGGCUGUAUAGGUAGAGGUAGAGUAGCCUGUUACUGUUUACCACCCCUCUUCCUUCCAUUCCAUUUCCACCUAGUAUAGAGGUCAAACCUCUUCUCCGUGCAGUGACGGAACCUUUUCUUAAUUUCCAUCUUUUUACUGUUCUGAAUCAAGUGAUUAGAAAGAACAUGUAAAUUGUAACGAGAUACGUUCAUGUUCACCGCGUCUGUAUAUGCCGGCUACUAGAACUUUGAAUGAGCUACGGCUACCACAGAUACAUACAGUAUCAGUAUAUAUAACAGAUUAUACAU